CUCUUCAUCGCUCCAUCGGCCAUCGUCCACGACUGCUCGCGCUCAGCACUGUACAUCCAGUGCCCACUACUCUUGACACUCUUGCCACACAAUUUUAUGCCUCCCUCAUCCCUUUAUAUCGAAGACCAACUCGACUACUCACCUCUCGACCAACAUUACCUCGACGACUACGACGACAAUGACGACUUCUACUACCCCGAGGUUCCUUCUUCUGCGGCCAAUCUUGGCCCAGCCAAGAAGGCCAAGCAGCCCAAGAAAGGCGGACUGAAGAACAAGCUCAAGGCCGUAGACGACGAGGCCGACGAGCAAGAGGUCGGCCCAUGCUACCUUCUCAACCUGCCAAGCGACGUUCUGCACGUGCUCCUAAUACGGAUCCCACCUCGUUCCCUUCUUCAGCUUGGUGCUACGUGCAAGUUUCUGCACGAGGAGCUGAAGAGCGAGUCAGUGUGGCGUCAGUGCUAUAUCAAUCGCUUCUUGUGGGACGGUGCCGCGGGCAAUGGCCGCGCCAGAGAGCAAGUCAAGGCUCUUGUCCAAGGAUGCUCCGGGAUCGGAGGUCGAGGUUGGAAGAAGGAAGCUUUGUCCCGGGAAGGCAUGCUCGAGCGCUGGCUAGUGUCACGCAGCUCGAAUGUCAUCCACCACCCGUUCCCAGUGCUCAUCAACAAGAUGUCCUUGUCGUAUCCUCCUCUGCCUCAUCAUGCCAGGACACCUUUAGUCGUGGGGAAAAUGAGCAAGUCUGGUACCGACUCGCCUACGGGACCCACCGCCAAGCUCUCGCAUCGCCAGAGGUAUGAGGUAAUGAAAGCUGUUUCGUCGCGACCAGUACCGGCACUGUUCUGUGCGAGCCAGGAGCACGCCGCCGUCAUCAAGAGUGACCCGCUCACUGGAAAGGUCUCCAAAGGGGUUUGGGGCCCGACUGAGGAAGCAAACUUCCACAUUCGUCCUCAGUGGGAUCCCGGCCUGGCGUCUGCAAUUUUCCUGCCUAAGCGUUCGCAGAACCAUAUACUUUGGGGUCUUCUCAACGGUUCCUGCGUUCACACUACUGUACAGUCGCGCACGCACGCCAAGUAUGGUGGCAGACCGACAUCCAUCAACGUUACAUCGCUUCCCAACGACAUGCACGAAGGUGCCAUCCUUUCGAUUUAUCAACCGGAAUUACAAGGGAAGGACGCCACAAAGUGGGUAACAGGCGGCGUGGACGGUCGCCUCAAGUAUUGGCAGCUCAACCCUGGCUCGGCCAAGUCGGGCAAGGCCACACCGACUGAAGGGGUAUCCGCGAGUAUCUCUUGCCUGUUCAGCUCCGAGCCUGUCGAGAAGCCGCUCAAGGAGCGCUCUGAGGAGGUUCGACUCCGCCAGAUGGCGAGUCCUGACGGUGUCGUCCUCGCUGCUUGCGACAUUCAGCACGACAUCGUCUGCGGUGUGACUCGUGACGGCGAUCUCCGCCUGUGGUUUAACGCGACCACUGCUCCGCGCGAAGUUCGUGUCGACGUUGGUUCUGAGGAUGACUACGGGGGUGUGACGGAGCUCAAUCUUGUAACGUCACAAGACGCUAGAGGCCUCGUCACAUCGGUCCUUAUUCAUCAUGCGCGCCACCCGAACUUUGCCCGCCACGACAUCACGCUCGAUGGCAGCUCCCACAAGGUCAGGACUGUCUUCUUCAGCACCGAGGGUGAGGCGCCCAUCACGGCGCUGCAAGCCUUCCUCUCGCCAACUCCCCCUAUAUCGCAGCCCCCUGAGGCUCAGCAGACGCUCUCAGCGCGCAUUAUUACGCCCACUGAUUCCGGUGUCACGUCGCCUGCGGCGCCAGACGCUGAGGUGGAAAGUGCGCGCAAGCCUAGCAUCCCUGCUGAGCUGUUUGGCCGUGUUGUCGUUGGGGGUGACCUGUGCGGCCGCGUGUACAUCUGGGAGUGGGAUGGCCGCCCAGUGGGGGACGUCGUCAAACCCAUCCGCGACUGGGCGGUCGGCGAUGGCAAGAUCACCUGCGUAGAGAUGUCCUGUGGCCUCGUCGCCGUUGGGUCGUUCAACGGCCAAGUCUGGGUGUACGAUCCUCUCCCUCUUGAACCGACACGUCUCCGCAAACUGGGCUCGCCGUCGCAUCUCACCCCGGGCGACCUGAUCGUUGCAGAAGGUGAUGAGCACCGCGCCAAGUAUUUCAACGUCAACCACCUCAUUCUCGAAAACGACCUCAUUGUCGCAGGUAUAGGCCGCAAUGUGUUAGCCUGGCGCGCUGGUACAGGUAAAGGUCGUCAGUCUGGCAAGAACGCCAACGUCAACCGCCGCGGUGCCCCUGGCGGGGGUCGGAGCGAGUUCCGUGGCCAUUCUCGUACUCUCGACCUACGCGACCUCCACCAAGACGCCGUUGACUCGCAUUACGAGAUUCGCGCGGAGAAUGAAGCAACGCGUGCACACACAUCUCAUGAAGAGCAGCACCUUGCUGCGAUGAACGACUUGGGGUUGGCCGAUGGCGAUGAGGCCUUACGGUACGCGCUUCUGCUGUCACAGCAAGAGGCGGACGCGUCCGCGACUGCCCACGAGUCGACAGCGUUAUCGUCUCCGGAACGCGGAGGAGCAGAUGACCUGGGAGUGGAAGUGCCUGAUGUUUCCCUCGAUGAUGGUGCGGGAAUGAGCGACGACGAGGCCGCGGCGAUCCAGGCAGUCGCGGAGUUUGAACGCGCAGAGGCGGCACGGAAGGCGGCCCGGGCUCGGGAAGAUGAGGACGACUUGGCUAAUGUGCUGGAACAAAUCCGCCUCGCCGAGAUGGCCGAGGCGUCGUCGCGGGAGCGGAAGGGGAUUUAGAUUGUCAUGUAUCGAGCCUGUGCCGUCGCACGUUGGAUGCAACAAGACGGGAGGCCUUGGCACCCUGCAGCAAGGCGCAAUUCUGUCCCCCUACUUAGAAACGUGAUUAGACGGAAUCUGAUUCCAUAGAGGUCGACGCGAAUGAUUUUGCCCAAAUAGGAAAGCAAUUAAAGAAG